AUGGCCAACCGCACAGGGAAGGCCGCUGGCAGCAUCCACGGGACCAACCCACAGUACUUGGUGGAGAAGAUCAUCCGGACUCGAAUUUACGAGUCUAAAUACUGGAAGGAGGAGUGCUUUGGCCUGACAGCUGAGUUCCUCGUGGACAAAGCCACGGAAUUGAGGUUCGUGGGGGGCAUCUAUGGCAGCAACAUCCAGCCAACAGCAUUCCUGUGCCUGACCUUGAAAAUGUUGCAGAUACAACCGGAGAAGGACAUCGUAGUGGAAUUCAUUAAAAAUGAAGAUUUCAAGUACGUGCGCAUUUUGGGGGCCCUGUAUAUGAGGCUAACGGGCACUGCCAUGGACUGCUACCACUAUCUGGAACCCCUAUACGAUGAUUAUCGGAAAAUUAAGAUCCAGAACCGAAACGGAGAGUUUGAAUUGAUGCACGUGGGUGAGUUUAUCUAUGAACUGCUACACAAAGAGCGGGUCUGUGACAUUAUCCUGCCCCGGCUCCAGAAGCGCUGCGUGCUGGAGCUAAGUGGGCAGCUGGAGUUUCGAAUCAAUGCCUUGGAGGACUAUUUGGAGGAUGUGAAGUCCGGCGAGGAAGAAGAGAAGAUGGAUGACCAGCUGGAGUGGAGCCCAAGCCCAGGUCACUGCCGGCCAAGGUACAGAGACCUGGACAAGCUUAGCGACUCCCUGCAGCCGCUCUACAGGCGAAGCCGCCCCGGAUCUCCAAGGAGACACAGACGCUUUCCCAAAAGGAGAAGUCCAUCCCGCGGUCCAGAAAGACAUCGCAGCAAGAGCCGGUCCCGGGAGCGGAGCCGGUCCCGAGCACGGUGCCUCCGUUCUAGAUCAAAGUGUCUAGGCCAUCACCCAAGCCAAAGACACGGGAGCCACUCAAAGUCCCCUGAAAGGUCGAAGAAAAACCACAAGAAGAGUGGACGACGGAGAGGGUACCCAGACUCACAACCCAGGGAUCAUCCCCAGAUCCUCAAUCUCUCCAUUCCCACCCCUUCUCCCGGCCUAUAUCCAAGACCUCCAGUGACGGACAAGGCUGCUUGCCGCAGCCCAGCGCCGCCUCCGCCUCUCGGCAACCCCGGCCUCCCCUUGGGUCUCCAGCCCCCGCCCCCAGACCCCGGGCCCGGGGACUUUGGCCGCGGAUGUGGCAGUCCCCCCGGGGUUUGUGGCUGUUCUCCCGACAAGGACCGGGCCGCAGCAUCCGCGUGA